CUGCUCCCCCCCCCCUCCGCCGCGCCUCCAUCUCCGCUUCGAAGGCUGGGCAGGCUAAACUUUUUUGGGCGCUCCCUCCGAAGGCGGCUCCUCAAGAGGGCUCACUACUCUUCCCUGCCUCUCCCCCCCCUCCCUCCUCUUGUUGCUCCCCACUGCGCCUUUUCUCGCCCCUCAGCCCCCCUGCCUCCCCUUCGCCGGAGCCCGUGAGAGAGCGUUUGUACCUGUGUGUGCUUGCUCGCGCGUGUGUGGCCGCCUGCCCUCCCCGCCGCGGUUUUUCUUUUCAUCAUGUCGACUCCCCCCGAUGCCGAGGCCUCGGCUGCCCAGCCGGCGGCCUCCGUCCUGAUCGCCGUGAUCCUCCCCAAGCGGUCGAUCCGGAAGACCUUCCGCUUUGACCCGAACAAAAGCAUCUUCGAGAUCAAGAGCGAGCUGCCGGAGAAGCUCGGCCUGGGAAACCUCGGCCGCCCAGCCGCCGGGGCCUCCGUCAAGUGGGCCUCCUCCAGCCCGGAUGACGAUCAACUCAUCAACCCGGCCAAUUACGGGCUCCUGGAGAUCCACGGCUCCAAGGGGUCUGGCGCGUACUUCCUGGAUGACCGACGCCAGCUGGGCGCGUACAACUUCCCAGACAGCACGGCUCUGGAGUUUGUGCCCAAGCGGCGCUUUGCCUCGGAGAAGGAGUUCCAGCUGAAUGCCAAAAACAACACCCGACGCAAUCAGAAGGCUCUCAUCGAGGCGGUCAUGGCCAAGAGCAUUCGCAAGACGCGCGAGCUCCUGGACAAGGGUCUCGAUCCGAACUUCACCUUCGAGAAUGGAGAAACCCCCCUCGCGGUGGCCGCGGCCAAUGACGACACCGAGAUGAUCUUGCUGCUGGUGCAGCAGGGCGGUGCACAUCUGGACUAUUUCUGCGCCACCGACGGCCGGACCCCCCUGCAUCGGGCGGCGCAGCGCGCGGCCACCCGAGCAACCUCCCUGCUGAUGGACCUGGCAGCGGCCAAGAGCAGCACCGCCCCGGGCGUGGCCUUCCCCGAUCGCCCAAUCCAGCCGCUGCAUUCACUGCCAUCGCUCGGGUCCGGGGCCACCCCGCUGCUGGAUGCCUGCACGGCCGGGUGUGUUGGCAGUGUUCGGGCCCUCCUGGAGGCCGGAGCCCGGCCAAGCGUCCAGCGCCAGGUGACCGACCUCUCGCAGCCCAUCAUCCCGGAUAACACCCCUCGCGCGGCGCCGGCCCACAACCCGGCCUAUCUGGGGGAGCUCCAUGCCGCCUGCCACAGCAGCAGUCACGAAGUGGUGGAGUUGCUGCUCGGGCCGCCGGGGCUGGCUGACCCGGACGUCACCAAUGAGACUGGCAACACGCCGAUGCACGUGUGUGCCAUUGGCAACCAACGCGAGUGUCUGCAGCAUCUGAUGCGUGCCGGUUGCGUGCGGAAUUUCACCAACCGCGCACAUAGCACCGCCGCACAGACCGCUGUGACGUGCGGGUUUUUCUCCAUUUCCACCACUAUCGCCUCUUUCAAGGAUUCGGAUAUUGUUCCUCUCAGCAAUUUCGGCUCGGCUGGGGGCGCGAUCGGCGUGGCCGGUGCGACCGGGGCCCGCCACUCGGACACGUCGGCCGGCGGGAGUCCGGCUCUCUCGAUCAACACCAGCGAGGGCAUCGCCCGGUCCGGGUCAUCGGAUUCAUUGAAGAGCCUGGCCAGCUCGUUGGGCGAGUCCACCGGGACGACGCUCUUCAUCCCGCCCCCGCCGCCGGCCGGCUUCGUCGGGAUCUGUCCACCGGGCGACGGGGCCCCCCUCCUGCGGAAGGUGGUGUCAUUGGAGCCGCCCCCCAUGCCGCCUGGUGCGGCCGACGCCGACCUGUCCACCGGGGCCUCCUCUGUCGGGCUGUCGUCGUCGUCGUCGUCAUCGCCGCCAUCGUCAUCUUCAUUCCAGACGACUCCGCCGCCGGUCGCCGGGUUCGCCGCUCCGCCACCCGUGGCCGGGUCUCCGGUUGGGUUUGGCGGUCCGCCGCCAUCGGUGUCCACCGCCGCACCUCCGAGUGGGUUUGGGGCGCCGCCGCCGAUGGGCGGGCCUCCUGCCGGGUUUGGGGCGCCGCCGGGGUUCGGCGGUCCACCGCCGCCGGUGUCCACCACGCCGACCACCCCCGGUGGGAGCUUCGCGCCUCCGCCGCUGGGCUUCGCUCGGCCGCCGCCCUCGCCUCAGACCCCCAACUCAGAAAUGUCCUUCGCCGCGGCCGGCGGCCCGCCCGGGCAGUUCGGCAAGCCCCCCUCGCGCAUGGCCCGGUCUGCCCCGCCGCCUCCGCCACAGGCGCACUCUUAG